AUGCAAGAUAUCAAUGUACACCGAUUCUGGCAUGUACUUGUAAGAAGAACUCAGAUUGUGCUUCAUUCACAUGUCCAUCCUCACCACCCGUUUGUUGGAAUGGUAAUUGUGAAUCCCCUCCUGACAAGUAUAGGGCAUUACCUGAUGAUACCAACUGUUGUGUGGCUAAAGGCAUUGACUAUUGCAAAACAAAAGGAGAAGUAG